UGGGCGCGUGACGUCACUUCCUCCUUGCCGUCCUAGCAGUCAAGAUGGCGGCUGCGAGUAUGCGAAGCGCCCUGCAACUGUCUGUCUAUAAACAAGCGAGCGCGUGCGCCUUCGUGCAGGUUUUUGGGAGUUCCACGCGGCCGAGCGGCUCCAUUUGCUCUUCACUCGGAUUCUUCAACGCUCCGCUGCGCAGGGUCAUCGGAGCGCAGAGGAACGCCGCCGAGACAUCGCAGCUGUGGGCGGGAGAGCCCGACGAGGGCCCAGGAAGACGACAAAAACGAGAAGUAUGGAAGAAGGUGGCGGCGGCGGCAGUGGCGGCCUUCUCGCUGUCGGGCUCCUCGGAAGAGGCGGCGAGCGAAGAGGAGGAGCUGAUCGCGCUUCUGAAGAAGGCCAAGCAUCCUGAGGGGCGAGCUGGAGGCGGCGUCGUCCUUCUUGCAUGCCGCCGCCGUCAUCGCGCAGCGACAGCGCCACCGACCCGCCAUCGUCUACACCUACAGCCAGAUGGCCAACCUGGCGUACGUUCGUGGUCACCUGUCUCAGGUGAGUACGAGUUUGCUCGACGGCUGUCGGCUUCCCGCCGCGGUGACGUUCCGACUCUUCGCCCGCAGGCGGAGAAGCUCUUCAAGGCGGCCAUGAGCUACAUGCUGGCGGGCGGGACGCCGCAGGACGACAACGCCUUCGUGGAGAUGUCGCUCAAGCUGGCCGCCAUGUACGCCCAGCAGAACAAGGCGGAGCUUGCCGAGCACGGCUUCAGGUUCUGUUUGGAGACUCUGGAGGUCAAAGUGCAAAAGCUUCAGGAGACGCCGGCUGAUCAGCUGACAGAGGCCGACGAGGUUCUGCGGAAGGACACGCGUCUCUUGCUGGGUUUGUGUCUGGACUCGCGCGCUCGCUACCUGGCGUCCACGCAGCGACUGACGCAGGCGGCCGACGACUAUCGCAAAGCGUUGGACAUCUGCAGGCAGGAGCAGGGGCCGCAACAUCACCAGACUCUGGUCCUGAUGAGCGAUCUGUCCACCAUUUUAGAUAUGCAGGGUCGCCACGACGACGCCCUGGCGCUGAUCCGUCAGGCGGUGGACGCGGCUCGGGCAUCGGGACACGAGGACCUUCACGUCCUCCUGGCCAACAUGGCCGCCGUCCUGCUGCACGCGGGUCGCCACGACGACGGCGUGCGCCUGCUCCGCGAGGCCCUGGGGCUGGCGCGGGAAGUCGACGACCGGGAGGCCGUCCGGCACAUCCUGCGGAGCCUCGGGCGGGCCGAGGCGGAACCUGACCGCGAGGGGGCGGAGCCGCGUUCCGCUUAGGUGGGGGUCAAAGGUCCACUUUCUACGUGGGGAAUAAAGGAGGCUGAAGUGGAAAAAAACAAGUUUGCAUUUGUUGACUUGCAGAAAAACAAAGUAGCCAAUACUGCGGCAAAUGAUUUCCUCUUAGAUUUCCUCGACUUUUCUUACAUUUUCAAUGUGCUUGUCUUCUUUAUCAGCUGCGGUGUACUUUAAUAUACCUCUCUCCAACCUUUUCUUCGAAAACGUCUUUAGGUCUUUACAGCAGGCGGUUCGAUAAGAUGAGCAACGCGGCAAGAUUUGCCAAAAAUGAAUUUGAAAAUGCCGAGUGUGCUUGGAACGGCCACUAAAAUCAGAUGAUUGGUUCUGGAGAAAUUGAGGUUUUUUUUUUUUUUUUUGUGAUUUUUCCUAUUUUGGGGAAGGUUUUCAUUUAUUUGCCUCUAUUUGUUAGGGAGGAUUUUAGAAGCCAUUGAAGUGCUCAUUACACAUUUUGGAGAAAAUUCCACACGAGUCACGUUGCUAGUAAGACGGCAGACAUGUGACAUCACCAACCUUCUCGAUGUUGUCCGGCACGGGCUCAAACCCGAGCCUCUGCGAGGGAAGCGGGCGGAUCCGGUAGCGUCUACUUCCUGGAAACAAAUCGCAAGCGGAGCGCGAUUGUACUAUGACGGCUGCAUCGCGACGUCAGCGUCCAUAUAGCGCCGUGCGGGUUGCGCUGCUGCAGUCUUAUUGUUAAGUUAUGGACUAUUGACAAACUCGAAUAUUGACAAUAAAACCAACCGCAGUCCGAAAGAUUAGUGUUGCGGUGGCUGCUUGGGACUUGAGGGAGUCGACACCCCUCAAGGGGCAAUAAACAUGAAUUAUUCAA